AGUUUUGGGCGCUGAGGUCUACAGCCCGCGCGGAGCAGAGCCCGGCAUCCGCUCACACUGCCACGGAGGCGGCGGAGGACCACUUAGCCUGGACAAGGCAUAAAGAGCCGAGGGCUGCGGCGGGUGAGCUCAAGUUCCUAGGACCCUUCCCAGCUCCGGCUGGAAACUUCUCAGGAGGGUCCAGGCAGCCCGGGCUAGUCAGCGUUCUGCGGAGCAGCGCCCGGCGGGCGGGAAGAUGAUGAUGAUGUCGCUGAACAGCAAGCAGGCAUUCAGCAUGCCGCACGCCGGCAGCCUGCACGUGGAGCCCAAGUACUCCGCACUGCACAGCGCCUCUCCCGGCUCCUCUGCGCCCGCGCCGCCCACGGCCAGCUCCCCCAGCAGCUCGAGUAAUGCUGGCGGCGGUGGCGGCGGCGGAGGCGGCGGAGGCCGGAGCAGCAGCUCUAGCAGCAGUGGCAGCAGCGGCAGUGGCGGCGGGGGCUCGGAGGCGAUGCGGAGAGCCUGUCUUCCAACCCCACCGAGCAAUAUAUUCGGCGGGCUGGAUGAGAGUUUGCUGGCCCGUGCCGAGGCUCUGGCGGCCGUGGACAUCGUCUCCCAGAGCAAGAGCCACCACCACCAUCCGCCCCACCACAGCCCCUUCAAGCCAGACGCCACCUACCACACCAUGAACACCAUACCAUGCACGUCGGCCGCCUCCUCCUCCUCCGUGCCCAUCUCGCACCCGUCUGCGCUGGCGGGCACACACCACCACCAUCACCAUCAUCACCACCAUCACCACCAGCCGCACCAGGCGCUGGAGGGCGAGCUGCUGGAACAUCUGAGUCCUGGGCUGGCGCUAGGCGCGAUGGCGGGCCCCGACGGUGCCGUGGUGUCCACGCCGGCUCACGCGCCGCACAUGGCCACGAUGAACCCCAUGCACCAAGCAGCGCUCAGCAUGGCCCACGCGCACGGGCUGCCCUCGCACAUGGGCUGCAUGAGCGACGUGGACGCCGACCCGCGGGACCUGGAGGCUUUCGCCGAGCGCUUCAAGCAGCGACGCAUCAAGCUGGGGGUGACCCAGGCAGACGUGGGCUCCGCUCUAGCUAACCUCAAGAUCCCCGGCGUGGGAUCGCUUAGCCAGAGCACUAUCUGCAGAUUUGAGUCCCUCACACUGUCGCACAACAACAUGAUAGCGCUCAAACCCAUCCUGCAGGCGUGGCUGGAGGAGGCCGAGAAGUCCCAUCGCGAGAAGCUUACCAAGCCGGAGCUCUUCAACGGCGCGGAGAAGAAGCGCAAGCGCACGUCCAUCGCGGCGCCGGAGAAGCGCUCGCUGGAAGCGUACUUUGCCAUCCAGCCACGGCCCUCGUCCGAGAAGAUCGCCGCCAUAGCCGAGAAGCUAGACCUUAAGAAAAAUGUGGUGCGCGUCUGGUUCUGCAACCAGAGGCAGAAACAGAAAAGAAUGAAAUAUUCCGCCGGCAUUUAGGAGACCUUUCGCCCUCCAGGGACGGGCCCUCCUGGUCCCCUUUCCCCCCCUCCUCUUUCCUGUCUCUUUCCACUUUUGGCCACCAGAAACAAUUCCGGUAAAUGUGAAUCCAGACAAAUUGAGAAUCCAAGAGGGAGCGAGAGAACGAGCAGCUGAGCCCAAGCCGGUAAGAAUGUGAAACGGUUUCUCAAAGGAAAGAAAAACAAAAGAUGGGAUUUGUCAGUUGUAGCAAAGUUGUCCCCUUUUAUCCCCACCUGGGCUUCGGCUUCUUCAGAGGAAGUGUGGCUGUUUGCAGGAAGUCAGGCGAGACAGCCCUUAAAAGUCCACAGAAUGAUCAAGUAAGAUUUGUUUUUAUUCCUACAGACAUCACCAUUAUUCAAGUUCAAAAGUACACUUUGCAGCUAUUUUUCAGAAAUAGAAAUUGAUUUAGGACUAAAACUUUAAACUAGAGUUGAUGCUUAAUGUGAUAGAGACAUCUCUAAAAUAUUUUGAAUUAAAAAAAGAUGGCAGAUUUUCUGCAUUUACACUGUAUAAUAUAUAUAUAUUUUUAUUGUGGUUCUUACCUCCCCCUUUCCUGCUCUGAAGUGUUAAUGCUUAAGAAAGGAGUUACGCCUGCUGUGUACACUGAUCUUGAAAGCUAUUAUUAGAUUAUUGCAGAACAACCCUCUGUAAAUUAUUAAUUUAUCUCUCUAGCAACUUAAUUUUGUGCACAUUCUAAUUAAUUAAACUUCUUUAGUCUAACGAAAGGGGAAACGUAUAGCUAGUGAUGUUCAAAAAAAUUUGUUUGAUGAGUUUACUGAAUUUUUACAGCUUUCCUCUUAUACUGUGUUCCUUUUGGCUCAUUUGUAUAUUCUCACUUUGAAUGAAGAUUGUUUUGCUUUGUUUUUUACUGGUAGUGUUCUGAUUUGUGAGUCCACACACUCAGUAAUGGAUGUCUUAAUCGUGUAGACCUGAUUCACUGUCCAAAAGUAUUGUUUACUUUGUUACAUAUUUAAUGGGGAUUCCCACACUGUCCCCUCAUGAGCUCUCUCACUCACCCUUACACACACACACACACACACACACAACAGAAGAGAAGAAGCAACUGGAAGCAUGAAUGAUGCAUCAUUUUCUAGCUUUAGGUGCAUUUGCCACUUGGUUUUUGCCCUUCCAGAUUUUAAGAUUUCACCAAGAUAUUUCAAUCUUCCAGGUUCAAUUGCUUUGUUGGCUACAUCUUAAUAUUUAUAGGAAUCUGUCAGUUUUUCCUUUUGGAGGUUUGUUGUAGAAAAACUAAUUUGAACUAUAAGAAAGACAGUGCACUGCUUGUAAAUUCACAUUGUUUGGACGAAUUCUUUUGGAACAACAAAAAUAGGUACUUGAUGGCUGGUACCUUAUCUAUUGUAAAUAUUUCAUUCAAAAUGAUGCACAUAUAGAUAUAUUCUUACAAAUUUUGCUGUAUUGCUGUUCCAUUUGAGGUUCUCCAAAGUCUUGAGUUCUGUAUAUGACCUGGUUUCAUGUUUUUGUUAAUAGAUGGUUUAUUUCCUAUAGUAAUGUAUAAUGUUAUUUUUGGUGUUGUUUGAUUGUCUUACAUUGAAGAGAUAAUUUUAAUGUUUUAUUGGCAAAGUAUGCUGCUUUUUCAUUGAAAUAUGCUAUUAAAAUUAAAUGUCUUUUAAAA